UAGCUGUGGCCCGAAAAAAACGCUUGCAGUCUCUACUGAUCUUUCCUGCCUUUUACCCGUCUCGCUCUGCGACUCCCCCGACCAUGCCCGAGCCGGCCAAGUCCGCGCCCGCCCCGAAGAAGGGCUCCAAGAAGGCGGUGACCAAGGCGCAGAAGAAGGACGGCAAGAAGCGCAAGCGCAGCCGCAAGGAGAGCUACUCCGUGUACGUGUACAAGGUCCUGAAGCAGGUGCACCCGGACACGGGCAUCUCGUCCAAGGCCAUGGGCAUCAUGAACUCGUUCGUCAACGACAUCUUCGAACGCAUCGCGGGCGAGGCGUCGCGCCUGGCGCAUUACAACAAGCGCUCGACCAUCACGUCCCGGGAGAUCCAGACGGCCGUGCGCCUGCUGCUGCCCGGGGAGCUGGCCAAGCACGCCGUGUCCGAGGGCACCAAGGCCGUCACCAAGUACACCAGCUCCAAGUAGACUCGCACGUUAACAGGGUCAAGGCA